AUGUACUUACCACGGCCCCUGAUUUCGACGCUGUAUCAUAACCUUCAACAAUCCUACCAUGGCCUGUCUUCGCGCGUUCAAAUACUCGUUGCUCUCGAACCCGACGCAUUAUGUGGGUGCCGCAUACUCGCCCAAUUGUUCAGACGGGACUUCAUCCAAUUCGAUAUACACCCAAUUGCUGGUUAUAGUGAUCUGCAAAAAGCUGGCACGAAAAUGGUACAGCCUAUGAUGGAGAAUAAUGGAGGCACUGGUGGAAUUGUGGUAUGUUUGGGCGUCGGUGGACUUGUUGACCUCGGGGCUUUACUGGGCGUCGAGGGGGAGGAUAAUGAGACCAGUUAUGGGGGCGUGGAGGUGUGGGUAAUUGACGCGCGAAGACCAUGGAAUCUAGGAAAUGUGUUCGGCGGACAACCUCAGAUAAGCCCCGUCGAAGAAGGAUUGGAACCAACAAGCCAACCACGCGUCGAAAACGGAAAGAUACAGAGAGGCUAUAAGCGGGGUAUGGGGGGAAUCAUUGUGUUCGACGACGGGGACAUUGAAGACGACUUAGAAAAGGAACAGGAUGCGUACAUGGCUUUGCUAGACAUGCCGGAAGUCGAUGACAAUGGGGACAGCGGUGGUAGCGACACUGAGAGCGAAGACGAAGAACAGGAACCACAGUCACGUCCAGGACAGAAAAGAAAGUCUUGGUCAGAUCGAGACGACGAAGACGAAAGCGACGAGGAUGCUGACCGACCCAGGCAGCGGAGGAAAAGCAAUAGGUCAAGUCCAAUUCCUGAUUCUCCAACCCGGCCCAAACAGAGAGGGCUCCUUUCUCUGAAUGGACCUCCCGAAUCGGUAGCGGCCGUUUCUCGAUCGGUAUCCCCCACACCAGCACAACCACCUAAAGGCCCAUCUACUCGAACGUUACGUCGGCGGCUGCUCAAAUUAAGGAGAAAGAAUGAGUCUGUUUUGCAAGCGUAUUACUCGCUUGGUGCGUCGUACUCGGAACCAAUAUCAUGCAUGAUGUAUUCUUUAGCAUCGGAGCUCGGUAGAGAAGACAACGACCUUUUAUGGAUGGCGAUUGUCGGUGUGACGUCUAUGGAACUGUACGGUCGAUCUUCAAUAGGAGUUGCGGUUACAUCUGGAAAGUCGACGACUGCGGCCUCGGGAUGGCUAGGGACAAGAGGUUCGCGGAUGAGGCAACUUUUACGAGACGAAGUUCGUCGUCUCAAUCCUCCAGAAGUCUCGGACUCCAGCUUUUCCUCGAAUCGAAACAUGUUGCCUGAGAAUAGCGGUAUAAUCCCUACCACAGCCAGGAGUCCUGAUGAUAGGAGCAUACGCCUUUCCCCCGAGCCAAAAUUUCUUCUUAUUCGGCACUGGAGUUUAUACGACAGCAUGUUACAUUCUCCUUACUUGUCUGCGAGACUGCAUAUCUGGUCAGAUGGUGGACGAAAACGACUCCACAAAUUACUUGCGAAGAUGGGUGUGAGCCUUGUACAGUGUAAACAGAGCUACACGCAUAUGGAUAUGGAGCUUAAACGUGGAUUACGAACGAAGUUGCUCAAAUACUCUGAAAUGUACGGCUUGGAUGACUUGGUGCCUUCCGCGGAUACAGAUGGACGGGAUCGAGGAGGGACUAAAGAGGGUUGGGGCUUUGUGAAAAGCUGGGGAUGGCAAGCUACUUUGAGCGCCCAAGAUGUUGGGGUGGUCGUAGGAGCGAUCCUUGAAGUUGGAAAGCAGGCUGUCAACACUUUGCAGUCUGGAGGCUGGGACAGACCACCAGACGCCAGAGAGACUACUGAUGAGGAUGGCACGUUAGAAGGCGAAGAGUGGGUAGGGCGAUUCUGGGACGCCUAUGAUGCCCUCGAGAAAGUUGAGGAGCUGAAGGCAGCGUUACCCACUGCGCAACAUCUCCACAGAGCCAUCCUGAGAACGGGAACUUCUCUCUUGGAGAAACGACAAAUUCGCCAUCUGAGAGCAUUCAGGAUGUGUGUUGUGAAAGAUGGACCCGAUGUCGCGCUAUUUACACAUCCCGCGGCACUUACGAAACUUGCACUAUGGCUUGGCGAAGCUCUAGCAGAAUUAGAGCGAGACAAGAAAGGCAAACUAGGCCACGGCGGGCGAGGUACACCUCUCGUGGUUGCUGGCCUAAAUGAGACCAGGGGAGUAUAUGUCGUCGUGGGCACAGGAGGAGGAGGAGGUGGUGGUAUGGGAUUUGGCGAUAAAACAGCCGCCAAAGAAAAGAAGGAAAAACGGGAAGCUAAGAUUCAAGCCCGGGAAUUAAAGAGGAAGAACAAGGAAAAGAUCCGCGAAGAGAAAAGGGAAGCUCGGAGGCAGAUGGCUGGAGACGACGAAGACGAAGAAGACGAAACGGAAUCAGAAGGAUCGGACUCAUCAUCCGACGAAGAAGAAGACGAAGAAGAGGACGAGGCAUCGCAAGUCAAGGGCUUCGGUCGCAAUAAAUUCGGGAACGCGUUCCAGGAAGUCGUGGAGGAGACCAACGCCCGCGUACGGAUUGACAGUUUCGAACACUGCGUUGUGGAAGUCAAGAAAGAGGAUCUCUCCGGUUUUCUCGAGAGCUUGAGCAUGAAAGCUGUGGUCGGAUGA